AUGGGAGGAGGACGAGGACUUCUAGGCCGGGAGACCCUCGGGCCUGGGGGCGGGUGCUCUGGGGAGGGUCCGCUGUGUUACUGGCCGCCGCCAGGGUCGCCACCGGCGCCCUCCCUCCGCGCCUCCCUCCCCCUCGAGCCGCCGCGAUGUCCCCUGCGCUCCCGUUCCCUCCCGCGUAGUGCUUGCCUUUGUUCCAGGAAUAGCGCUCCAGGCUCCUGCUGCCGCCCCUGGGCCUCACUCUGGAGCGAGCCGCCGCCCUCUCCUUCCAGCCAGCCAGCCCCUCCCAUGCACAUUUGGACGCUGUCCUGCACUCCAGCUGCAAGCUGGGCUCCUGUUACACACUGGACAGACCACCCACUGCCGCCGCUGCCAAGCCCUCUCCUCCGCACCAGACUGCCAGACGACUACAUCAUUCUGCCCACAGACCUGCGCUGCCACUGCCAUCGCCAUCCAUCGCAUCCAUCGCAUCCCACCGACAGACUGCUGCUCCUAGUGAUCUGGACUCACCUCGGAGGUAUCUGGGCUGGACACAGUCCCUGGACAGUGAUCCAGACAGCUGGCCGCCCCCCAAGGGAUCUGUCACCUUCAGCGAGACCUAUUUCCUCCCCACCCCCAGAAACCUCUUGUGUUCUUGCCUAGGCCCAGGUGUGCCUGGCAGCCAAAUCGAGUCUCUCAUUUUCUCUUGUGGACCAGUUAGUUUUGCCCAUAACCCGGUAUUCUGAGUUUGCAACUGUCUCUCUGAUGUGUGCCUUUUGUUCAACACAGUAACCCCUGCAUUCUGCUCUGCUCUAAUACACUACCUGGAGAAAGUCUUUUCCUUAUUUUCAAUAAAUGUCAGACAUUACUGAAAAGAAA